AUGAAGCCCAGACCCGGCCUCCCGACCGACAUCGAGGCUCUUACAGAUGUCAUCAUCAGAACGAUGCCGCUAGAUCCGCAAUGGGAUUAUCGGUUUCCGUAUCGCCAUGAGUAUCCUGAGGAUCACUACAAAUUUACGCGGUUGCUAUUCGAGUACUUUCUUGAUCCGGCCUACGACGACUGGCAGGUCAUGGUAGUGGAGGACAGCCUGGAGACAGGCUGUGAGGAUAGACGGGUGGUCUCGUUCAGUGUUUGGGACGUUUCUUAUCGCAACAAGAGGCGAUACGGGCCCGGUUAUGUAACCCAGGAUCCUGUCACCGAGGUGGAAAAGCAGGGAGGCAGGGCACGCCGGGACGCGAACCACAAGCACUUUCAGGAGUUCUGGAAGGGUCAAAUCCGAGCCUACAAGAUGUUCUUUGGCAAGAUCGGGCCCGACCAGAUUCACCUCCAGAUUCUUGCCACAUUGCCCGAGUUUCAGCGACGUGGUCAUGCCUCUUCGCUCUGCAAAUGGGGGAUGAAGAUGGUUCAUCAAGAGCGCCUGAAGGAUAUUUCAGUCAUGGCCAGUCCCAUGGGCCACAGCCUAUACACCUGGCUGGGGUUCAGCCUUGUGGGUACGUUUCAUAUUCAAGUGGCUGGCGAGGAGGAGAUGUUGACACUACACGCCAUGAAAUACGUCCCCGAUUCGAAAGUCUUGAGGGUCGUGGCAGAUAAUGGUCAGUGUGAUUUGAUGUGA